AUGACGCCCUCCCCACACCCCUUCGACCCCCUCUCACCAGACGAAAUCACACAGACCGCCACCAUCGUCCGCAAUGCCUUCCCUAGCACCAACCCCAACUUCCGCUUCAUCACCCUCCGCGAGCCUCCCAAGGCUCUCAUGCUGCGCUACCUCGCAGACCCCGGCAUCAGCACCUUCCCGGCCCGCACGGCGCGCGUGCAGAUCAUCAUUCGCAGACACGGACCUGCAUCAGCUAGCAGUCCAACUACCGACACCAGGACCCCCAUCAACCAGCUCCAUGAACUCCUAGUCGACCUCAACCAGCGCCAAAUCACGGAGCAGCACAUCCUAGACGGCAAGCACUCGUACGUCGACACGACGUACAUGCAAGCGGUGGAGAAGGUGUGCAUGGAGAACGAGGAUGUGCAGCGGGAGAUCGCGACGCUGCAGUUGCCGAAGGGGGCGACUGUGGUAGUGGAGCCGUGGGCGUAUGCGACGGAUGGGGAGAUUGAUGUCAGGGAGCGGACGUCGAUGUGCUGGUUCUACAUGCGUCUCUCGGACAAGGCAGACGCAAACUACUAUGCCUAUCCUCUGGACCUCUGCGCCGAAGUUUCCGAGCAGCUUCAGGUCGUCAAGAUUUAUCGCCUCCCCUCCUCCGCCGACGAGCGCAUUCAUCAAACCCGCCAACCUUUCGACGCGCGCAAAACCCAGGACGGAUCCGCCAGCGAGUACCACCCUUCGCUGCGCCCACCCCCACGCACGACCACCAAGCCGCUGCACGUUUCCCAGCCCGAGGGCCCAUCUUUCGAGGUUCGCGGCAACGCGCUCAGCUGGGAGAAAUGGAGUAUGCACGUCGGCUUCAACUACCGUGAAGGGUUGACACUGCACGACAUCCGCUAUGACGACCGCAGCCUCUUCUACCGGCUCUCGCUCGCGGAGAUGUUCGUGCCCUACGGCGAUCCGCGCGCCCCCUACGUGCGCAAAGCCGCCUUCGAUUUGGGCAACGACGGCGCGGGCAUCAACGCCAACAAUUUGCGGCUCGGGUGCGAUUGUUUGGGGGUCAUCAAGUAUUUCGACGGCUGGCACAAUACGGCUCAGGGUGAGCCGGUGAAAUUGCCAAACGUGGUGUGCUGUCAUGAGGUAGAUGAUGGCAUUUUGUGGAAGCACACGAAUUUCAGGACGGGGAACGCCGCGGUGACGAGGGCGAGAGUGUUGGUGCUGCAGAUGGUGAUCACGGUGAGCAACUAUGAGUAUAUCUUUGCAUUCCACUUUGGACAGGAUGCGUCGAUCCAUUAUGAGGUGAGGGCGACGGGCAUCUUGUCAACGGCACCGAUCAAUGUUGGAGAGACGGUGCCGUACGGGACCGUGGUCGCACCUGGCGUGUUGGCGCCGUACCACCAGCACCUGUUCAGCUUGCGGAUUGAUCCCGCUAUCGACGGCCAUGCGAACUCGCUGCAGGUCGAAGAGUCGCACCCGCUUCCCGUGGAUGAUGCGCAGGUCCACAACCCCUAUGGUGUCGGCUACGUGACGGAGUCGUACACCGUGGAGCAGGAGCAAGGUCUUGACCUUGACGCGAGCAAAGCCCGUAUUUUCAAGAUCAUCAACGAGCAGAAGACGAACCCCGUUACCAUGACGCCAGUAGGCUUCAAGCUGUUGCCUAGCUACAGCCAAAUGCUGCUCGCGCAUCCCAGCUCGUACCACGCGCGGCGCUCAGAGUUCGCCAAGCACGCGGUCUGGGUGACGCGGUAUCAUGAUGACGAGCUCUUUCCUGCAGGAAGACAUACCAUGCAGUCGCUUGGAGGGGAAGGGAUUGAGUCGUUAAUAGAGCAGCGGCGGAAAGAAGGUGGAGCGGUCUCGAGCGUCCGCAACACGGAUAUUGUCGUCUGGCAUACAUUCGGCUCCACGCACAAUCCACGGAUAGAAGAUUGGCCAGUCAUGCCAUCGGAGAAGAUGACUGUGGGUUUGAAGCCGGUCAACUUCUUCCAGCAGAACCCAGGCAUGGAUGUGGCGCCGUCGACGCAGGAGCGAAAUAAGAGCGUGUUGGUGAUGGAGGUUGCGCGGCAGGAAGACUCUCUGAAAUGCAAUCAAGCGAAGCUGUAG